GAUAUUCCUACAUAUAAGUCGCAGUUGGCAGUCGCACUCUCUCAACUCCCAGUCCUCGGUUUCAAUCUUUUCUUCUUCUUCUUCUUCUUCUUCACUCUAGGAGAUUGAGUUAAUUAUUCGUGGGUAUAAGAGAUUUGAAAGAAACGAUAGAAAUUGUUCAAUGAAAAUGAGAGGAGGAGUUCUGGUUCGAGAGGGUUUCUGCUACCAAGAGGAAACCCAGCUUACGGUGCUCAAGACAUCUCUUUUCUUCGCCGGCGACGGUUUCUCUGUUUACGAUUCCAAAGCCAAGCUUCUCUUCCGCGUCGAUUCUUACGGUCCCGAUGUCCGAGAUAAAGACGAAGUCGUUCUCAUGGACGCGUCUGGCAACUGUCUCCUCACCGUCCGAAGAAAGAGACCGAGUCUCCAUCAAAGAUGGGAGGGAUUCAUAGAGGAGGAGGGAAGCAGGAAGAAGCCCGUCUUCAGCGUACGGAGAUCGUCGAUCAUCAGACGGUCGAGCGUAAACGUAGAGGUAUUCGACAACCCAGGAGAGGAGUACCUGAUCGACGGCUCAUUCCGGCAGCGUUGCUGCACAAUCUACCGCACCUCCAACAACAACAAGGAGAAGGAGGUGGUGGCGCAGAUCAAAAGAAAAGUUGACGCCGACACCAACGUGGUGCUUGGGAGAGACGUUUUCUGGCUCUGCCUCAAGCCUGGCUUUGAUGCUGCAUUCGCGAUGGGCUUGGUUCUCGUUCUCGAUCAGAUCAAUGGUAUUAUUGGGGAUUACCUCCUGGAUGGAGAAAAUGUCGAUCCAACGGCGCAGGUUGCUUCACCGUGAUUUUUUCUUUUUCUUGUUCUUGUAAGUUGUAACUACUAAUCGGUUUGAUGUGUGGAGUCCUUGACCUCCCUCUACUUUUAAAAGUUUACCCUUUUCUUCGUUUUUGUUCUUUUAUUUUGUUAUAUUAAUAGAAUAGUGAUUGCACUGAUUCGGCCCAUGA